CCACGUUUGGUUACUCUCAAUGGUUCCGCAUGGAGUCAUCAAUCCCCUUGGACUGUUCUCAUUUUGGACAUGGAGAAAUUGACAUGGCGGAGAGUCACAAUACAAAUAUGUCUGAAAUACCAGACCGCCAUCCACCUUCCCUCACACCUGGGCCUAUACCUCCUAGAUUACAGUCAGGCAGCAGGACUCAGGCAUCCAGUUUCUCUCCAACACGACGAUCCCCAAGUACUGGAUCAAGACCCCUUCCAUCACCAGGGAGCCCCACCCCGAUGAUUCAUGAGAUUGUCACAUUUGCUGAUGCCCUACUGUCAUCAGGGAGGAGAAGUACCAUUUCUAGACGACAUAGUACAUCUUCUGUAUCACCACAACAUUCCAGGCACAGAAUGGCGGCUUCUUCCCAAAUGGGCAUGACAUGCCUAAGAUCGAGUGGGAACAUUAAUACAUCACCAUUGUCGUCGCUCAAUAUGUUAUCAGACACUGAGACUGGGAGUCACCUUGGUGAAAUUGUUCAUAAAGCAUUUCAUUCAGGCAAACUAAGCACUUCACACCAAGGAUUUUCUGGUCCUUCUAGCCGUCAAAGAUUCAGUAGUAUUGAUUCUGCCACGAUACAUCUUUCAGGAGUUUCUCAAGCGGUAGGUUCCCAACCUAACAGGUCAUUGCUGACAUCCACAGGGCAUUACAGCUCAAAAGAACAUUCUCUGUUUUCAUCUGGUAGCCAGUCUCAAAACAGUGCCUUGAAAGGUGAAAAUAUUACAGCUGUAAAUGCAUUGGAUGGUUCAGUGACAACAUCAGCAUUAGCACAAACAUCUAACUCAGUUACAACAGUAACUGUAUCACGUUCUUCACCGAAAGAAGCAUUUAAUAACAGCGGGUUGCAUACAAACUCUAAUUCGGUAACAUCUAUCUCCAAAGAAACUAAAGGCUGCACAUUACCUUUCCAUCCAAAGGAUUCAAGAAGGUUGGUUGAGCAAAGUAAAGACACUGUUCAAACAGGAAAGAUAAGCGGAUUUCAUGCUCUAGGUCAAGACGCAGAAAGGACAAGGCUACAGUCUGCUGGAGUCAGCCAUGUCACAGUCACGGCAACCGAGCAUCCUCGGUCAAACUGCAUAGAAAAGAGAUGUGGCACGAAAGCAUCCUCCACUGAUCUUUCCAGAAACAGCAAAGUGCAGGCAGUAAAGCAUUUUGAGGGCUGUCCAACUGCAGAUUCUGCUGUAGAUGUAAUGGUUAACACAAAAGGAGCCAGCAAUUUGUUGGCUGAAAUAGAUAAGAAAGCUCAAUCUACUGAAGAAUCUAAACAGAGGUUUGGGGACAGAUCUGCUGGUAUUGAGCAUCCUCUGGUCACGAUCAUUGGAGAUGGAGUCCAAUCUGCCUUAGAAAAAGUCCAGUCUGACACUGGCAAAAAAGAAAUGCUUGCUUCCCAAAAGCAAGGAAUUCUUGGAUGUUUAGAACCCGAGUACCUUGUUGAAGAAGAUCAUGACAAAGGUUUGACCGCAUCCAUGUCGGGCAGCUCUCAGGGAGGUGAUGAGGCUGUAUCCUCUUCAGUUGUGCCUUCUGUAAUGUCAGAAAGUCCAGAAAACGAACGGGAAGUCCUCCGGUGUCCAAAAUGCAACAAAAUCUACAAGCAAAGGGUGAAAAAUCUUUUUCAGAAACAUGUCCUGCAGUGUGGAAAUCAAACUUCACAGGAUGAUGGAGAUGGGAACAAAACACAGGAUAAUGAUUCAAACAAAAGGCGGUAUCCCCGCCGGAGUGCCCGAGCACGCUCAACUACAUUUUUUGGGUUGACUCCCUUUUAUGGUGUAAAGUCAUAUGGUGAGGAGGACUUUCCAUUCUACCGGGAUCCUUCGGGAAAGAAAAGAGCAGAACAAUCAACUCAAGGACAGGUAGAUGGAGCUGACGAUCCAAACACGUCCUCUGAUGAGGAUAUGGAAUAUUACUACAAUUUCACAAGAACAGUAAUCACCUCUGAUCGAGAGGGAAGGCUUGAGCCGUGUAAUUUCUUCGAUGGAGAGGAGGAUUGCCACCUACCCAGGAUCAGCCAGCUUGAUGGUGUUGAUGAUGGCACAGAGAGUGAUGCUAGUGUAGCCACGACGGUAGGCAAAGCAACACAGGUGAACAAGAUAAAAGCCAAAGAAAAUGGAACAGAAAACCUAGAUCUUGAUGGAACCGUCAACAGUGGGGUCGAUGAUGUAGAAAAGGAGGAGCAUGGUGUCAAAACAGUUUCUGACCUGAAAGGCAAUGAUUCAAAAUUAGAUAACUGUCUUCCAGUAAACAGAGUGAAGUCUCAGGGCCAAGACUCCAUAGGGGAGGUUUCUCUCACUUCAUUAGACACUGCCAGAAGAGUCCACUCCAGCACACCUUCAGACAAGAAUUUGUUGGAUAGUUUUAACACUGACUUGUUGAAAUCUGCCAAUGACUCCGAUAAUAACAAUAGCGAUGACUGUGGUAAUAUUCUUCCAUCUGACAUCAUGGACUUUGUUCUUAAGAAUACUCAGUCUAUGCAGGCGUUAGGGGAAAGCCCAGAGUCAUCGUCUUCUGAACUCAUAACGCUGGGUGAGGGUCUAGGUCUUGUUAGUAACAGAGGAAAGGACAUGGGCAGUCUCUUUGAAGUGUUUUCCCAACCUCUCCCCAGCACAGAAACUGUAGAAAGUGAUGUCUCAGCAUCCAUUCCUGCAGAGGAGCCAUUUGAGUUGCCUCUGGAGUUGCCAUCCGACCUCUCUGUUUUAACAACGUGCAGUCCAACUGUCUCCAAUCAAAGCCACAGCAGCCUCACUGUCAUUUCAACAUCACAGCUGACCUCUUCAGAAGACCAGUCGGUACUGAAUAUACCUGCUGCUGAAUCGGUAGAGAAGGGGGUGACAGUGACAGGAGAGAAGUCAGUGACAGCAAAUGAUGCUGAAGUUUCUUUGAUAGGGCAUCAAGUUGUGGAGUCAUCCGGUGAAAGCCACAUGGCUUCUGAUCAGUUCAUGCAAAGCCACAUGGAUACCGACCAGUUAACUACACCAACCUGUAGUCAGGUAGAGCAGGGGCCUAACAGCCAGGACAUGACUGGGGUUGGCACCAGCUCGUCAGUUGUCAUUCCAGCAUCUGUUAACUCCUCUGUGCCACCUCAAGGUCAGAAAUACAUUGCAAGUCCUGCAGACAGUCCUGGCCCUGCUCCCAUUGGCAACGCUGCAGUGCAAACAGCAACCCCACUUCUUAAACCAGGAACAGAUAAUGUAAUUGUUGUCAAUCAGCAUGGACAUCCACUCUAUGUUCUCCAGACAUAUCCCAGUGGCGUUACACAAAAGAUAAAUCUUGCACCUUCAGUGGGUCCUGCACAAGCAGUUGUAGAGACAAACAAUGCAGUCCUUGCGCAAAAUGUUUCCAUGGGAGGUAACCUAGCGUUAGCCACAGGUUUAAAUGUAAGUUUGCCAGCUUCCCAAUCGAUAUGCACUUCUGCCACAAUGGCAAACAGUAAAGGUUUGUUGACUUUGUCACAACACCCUCAGUUACAUUCCUUUGCGGGACCAACUGCGUCAGCAUUUCAGUCCAACAGCACUAGCUCUCCCUCUGGCCUUCUCAUCGGGGUCCAGUCACCAUCUGAUCCGCAACUUUUAAACUCAGAAUCUAAUCAGAGGCCAGAGCUUGUCACUACCACAACCUCUAGUCCAGGAUCGUCCCAGGCUAAAAAAAGACCGAUAAACAGGCUACCUUCCAAAAAAGGCAAGAAGCUUGCACCUUCAUACCAACAGACUUCUGGUUCUGCUUCAGAAAUUGUGCCUAAUAUAACUUUAAAUAAUUUCUCACCGUCACAAGUCCCUGGAGGAAUAACAAACCAGACCAGUUUGGUGGAUUUAGGAACACUUGCUAGCACUGGAGCCCAACGAACAAUUCCUAAUAUAAUUAAAAGGCCCAAAUCUGCAGUAAUGUGUUUUGAACAGUCCCCUUUGCCUGUGCCCCAAAUUCAGCAAAACCUGGGCGCAGUUGGUUCUACCAACAUGAUUGGUCCAGAAAAUGCUCAUUUGGCAGCUGGAAAUGUCUCAGCAUUGGGUCCAACCCAGUCAGUUUUGAACGUUGUAUCUAUGCAAGCAGCAACAGCAGCAACUAGUGGGGGUACAGUAACGGGACACAUUCUGGGUCAAAGUUCAGUCACCUUAACUACCCCUAUGUUACUAGGGACAACAGACAUCACUGGUUCAAUAAGCAAUCUGUUAAUCAAAGCUAGCCAACAGAGUUUAGGACUAUCAGAUCAGGCAGUUCCAUUAUCUGGAACAGGAAUGUUCCAGCAUCUAGCACCGCCGCAUAGCCCCAGCAGUGGACCCCUGUCACCAUCUCAGAGUAUCUGUCUGCUGCCUUCCAGCCCUGCAGUUAGUGUACCAGUUGCACCAAGCUCAUCUGACCAGGACGGGGCCUAUCAGCUAAACCAACAGAUAUCUCAGCUUCUGUCUAGUAAAGGUGUUGUAUCGUCCUCCCAGUUGGAUACUGCCUGUAAUUCAGGAAGUCAAAUGUCGACAACCAUGCUAACAGUCUCAACUAGUGUCGUGAGCAGCACAGUUGUUUUUUCAACCACCAGCAUGUCUUCACCAGUUUCAGUGAGCUCUGUGUUUUCCUCCACCAUGGACCAGUCUCCUGUCGAUACAAUGACUAUGGUGUCUUCUGACUCCCCAAAGGCCAAGCCCAGGGUAAAACGGGCAUCACCUGCUUUGGACAAACAAAGCAUCAAAAAGCACAAAUCGGCCCAUGUUAUGACUGAAUCCUUUGGAGAUCAUCAAGCUACUUUGGAGUCUGAUUCAACCAAUGUUCCCCUGUCCUCUAGUGCAGAAUCUAUUCGAGUACGGAUAAAGACGGUGCAAAACGCAGCAGAACUCGAUGAGCACCAGCAAGAAGUUGGUAACCGGGAUUCCGAAUCUCCAAGUCAAAUGGAACAUAUGCCAACACUGCAACCUUUUGAAUCCAUGAAUACUGGAACACCAAACACAGAAGGACAGGAUGACUUUGUCACUGAAUCCAAAAGCUCAGAUGAUGAUGACUCCUUCAGUUCUCCCCUUCUUGCUUUGCUUGAGCAAGAAGAAAAGAGGAAAGAAAUCAGGAAUGAGAAGAAAACAAAGAAAGGUCUGCUGUUUCAGAUCACAAGUGACGAUGGGUUUCAGAUUCAAUGUGAUAAUAUCGAAGAGGGUUGGAGGGUGCUGACUGACAAAGUACAGGAAGCUCGGUCCAAUGCCCGCCUGAAGCACAUAUCGUUUUCUGCGAUAAAUGGACUGAAGAUGCUGGGUAUUUCUCAUGAUGCAGUGGUGUUCCUAAUCGAACAGCUUUACGGAGCCAAGCGCUGCAAAAAUUACAGCUUCAAGUUUCACAAACAUCAGGAAGUGGAUGAGCUUCCUAUCAACCCACACGGAUCAGCAAGAGCCGAAAUACACCAAAGGAAGUCAGCAUUUGACAUGUUCAACUUUUUGGCUUCAAAACAUCGGCAGCCACCAGAUUAUUGUCCCAAUGAAGAGGAGGAAGAGGAGGUGCAGCUUAAAUCAGCACGGCGGGCGACUAGCAUGGACCUCCCAAUGGCCAUGCGGUUCAGGCACUUGAAAAAGACUUCAAAAGAAGCAGUUGGUGUCUACCGGUCACCAAUCCACGGACGAGGCCUUUUCUGUAAGCGAAACAUUGAUGCAGGUGAGAUGGUCAUCGAAUAUUCGGGUAAUGUCAUUCGAUCUGUCCUCACAGACAAACGAGAGAAAUAUUAUGACAGCAAGGGGAUCGGUUGUUACAUGUUCCGUAUUGAUGAUUAUGAAGUUGUGGAUGCCACGAUGCACGGAAAUGCAGCACGUUUCAUCAACCACUCCUGUGAACCCAACUGCUACUCACGGGUGAUAAAUGUGGACGGGCAGAAACACAUAGUCAUCUUCGCUGUCCGAAAGAUCUACCGUGGUGAAGAACUUACAUACGAUUACAAGUUCCCGAUUGAAGAUGCCAGCAACAAACUGCCUUGUAACUGCGGAGCAAAGAAAUGCAGGAAGUUCCUGAACUGAGGAAAAAAUAAAUUAACUGGUGGGGAAAAAAAACCCUCUUGAGGUGAUUGUAUUGAUUUUAUGGGAUCUCGGAAAGAAAAGUCCUGGGAUGGAAAUGGUGAAGUUGCUUUGCAAUCUGCACUAUGAAAAUCUUGUAGAAAAAAGAUUUUAAACACCAAGGUCAUAGGAUGGUUGUAGUAUAGGUGGGGUUCAUGCCAAAUGAUAAAUGGCAAAAAAAUGCCAUUCAAAUAAAUUCAUGGAGCUCAUGGUAUUAGUGCAAACCUGGUAAAAUGCAUUGCUAAACAGUGUUGACUGCUGAUCACUUUCAGAUCUGCAUGGCAGAGUACUAAUCGACUACAGCUCCAUUUCCAUCCUUAAAACAUCCUGUUCCAUAUAUGGAACUGAGUGAAAUGAAUGAGUGCUACCAGCUUCCCAGUCAAUUAUGUACCAAGGCAACAAGAAAAACUGAAAUUCAACCUGAAUUAGCUGUGUCACUUGAGCAGAAUCUCCUCUGUAGUAGAAGAAAGGUAAAGAUCGUAUGUGAGGAAAAUUAAUAUCUUUAACAGCUGUGCAGUGGAAAAGGCAGAGGCAAUACUGGGUGAAAGCAGUUUUGAUCCUUGUGUUUUGCAGUUUCUGCCCUGGGAGCAAUUUGCUUCUAAUAAUUUUAAAAUGUGAAACAAACGAAUUCUUCAAAUUUUUUUCUUCCAAUGACAGCAGCUCCUCAACGCAGAUCUACUGCGAGAUGGCAGUGAAAUGAAGUGAACCAUGUUUGUACCCGUACAACACUGCAUAACGCCUGUAGUCCCAUAAAAUCACUUCAAACUAGCAAGUUCCCUCCCCUUUCCAGGAGGCAGUUAUCGCAUGUUUAAGUUUAAAGCUUUGUGAAUUUUUGGAACUUGAAUCUUGUUUAGAGUGGCAGAGUAUAGAAUUAACACUAACUAGGUAAGCAUUCUGCCUCAUGUUUCUUUGGACUUUAGUUUUAAGUUUUUUUUCAAGUUGCUUCAAAGUAGUACUGCACUUACUAAUGAACUGGCUAUUCAGAGAUGAAAUUAAGAAAAUGAUGUUGGAAAAUACAGGAAAAGGAAACAGGAACAGGGUACAUAGAAACUUCAUGCUGACCUCAUUAAUGCUGGAAAAGCCUGCUGAUGUAUGCUCAACUCUGUAACCCCUGAAGUCUCCUUGCUAGUUACACGUGUGUUAACAUUCACACCACUUGUUUGAAGUGCACUAGUGGUGCGGAAGCACCACUGAUAAGUUAAUUGAACUCUAAACUUCUAUUAGCACCCAUUUCUUGACUUUGGGGGGGUGGGGGGGGAGAAACAAAAAAAAAUUUGACCCUUUCACUGAUGGAAACUUGUUAAUUGUUGAGUUGAGUGGAGUGGAGUGGUACAUACAGAGUCACUGCUCCAGAUUUAUGACUAUCACGUCACUGUCUUGCCUGUCUAAGAGAACAUGGGAAAAUUAAAAGAUAAAACAUCUUGAUCUUCCUUUCCACUUAGAAUCAAUAGACUUCUAAAACCCACGCUUGGUAUCACCUGACCACUGCUCUUUCCAAUCCUGCAUGAUAACUUUAACACUUCACUUGAACUUUUCUGUCCAACAAAUUAACACAUUUCUGAAAUGUUUGGAAUUCUUCAAGGUAUAUUCAUAUUGGGGGAGUAGGUAGCAAAGUAACCUUGAACAUACAUCUGUACAUUUAAAUUCAUGUUGACAUUCUGGUUUUAAUCAUCCUGUCAGUGUGUCUAUUCCUGAGGACUGUUUGUUGUGUAGGGAAUUGCAAAUGUUUCAAGUUCGGCGAUGAGUGAAUCUCGGAAUUGAAAACCAGCAUAUCGUUGUGGAUGUACUGGCAUACGAAUGCUUAACAUAUGCGUCUGAUGUUUCUUAAUUCACUUUUUAAUGCAGGUAUUAAAUACCUCCACUAAAUUAACAGGUAAAUGUCACCUAGUGUGUUAGUCAUCUAGUUUCUUUUUUCUGCACCCCCACCACUUAACAGCUGUACUGCAUUGUAGUGUGGGGAAAUGUGCUAAAAUAUUGCAUAACCACCAUAACGGUUGUGAUAGUCUUUUAAUUUAAAAAAUGUUUAUUUUGAGCGUCAGGAAAUAAUUUCUGUUUCAAUGCUGAAAUGCUACCAUAACUGGCUCCUGGAAGACAGGCAUUUUUUUUGACCAAAUGAAUGCAUCUCAAGUGGGUUUAUCACAGUGACUUAAUGUUUGAAGAUCUUGAUCCCUUAAUGUUUUGCACUGUGCGCUAUUUAGAUCGACGCUAAACCUAAUGUGUUUGUACUGACUACAGCAGUGUAUUGUUAUUCAGACUACAGCCGUAUUCCCAUGUAUCCCGUUGUCCAGAUUAUUAGCUGUAUCCUGUGUAUUCAAUUAUCCAGAUUAUAGAUGUGAGUCCUGUUAUCCAAACUCUCUUGAAUUUCCUAAAAGAAAAAAAUUCAGUUUGUCUGAUCAGGAAGUUGUUUUCUUAAAGGGGCACUGUCUUCAUUUUUAAAAAUAGAUGUCACAUACCCAACCUUCCUUCCACUUUUAUUCCUACCUCCUUUGUCGACAAAGUGGUGCCCCUUUAAGCAGUAAUUGACAGCUAGACGGACUGAUGGAUGGAAAACUGUUUCAGGAUGAAUUUUUCCCUGAUGUGGUAUUUGUUGUCCACUAUUUCUCUUCAGUUAUACCUCUGGACAAAAGUUGGGUUGGUGAUUUUUCUUCUUGUUUCAUUUGCCUUCACUCAGUUACUGCUGCUUAAUGACAUCCAUCUGCCACCAGCCUUUUGGGACCAUGUUCCUCGCUGCUAUGAUACGAGCUUGUUUCUUGAGGGCACCUUUGCUCGUAGGGAGGUAUUAACCUGUUAUUGUAAGAAAGCAGUGUUUACCUAAGAAGGACAUUGCACUUCACCAAGUUUGUGGUGGAAUUGCCGGGGCAGCAUAUUUACAGCACAAGGAAGACCAGCCUUCUGAGUGUGGUGUUAAUGUUCAGGUAAUGGGGGUUCUACUGGAAGGGGUUGGGGGAAUGGGUGGGGUGGGGGGGGAUGGGAGGAUGCGGGUGUGGUGGGGGAACCGUUCUUUAUGCACUGACAGUCGUGAAGACAGAAUCUGAAAUGCUGUAUAAAUGACUGCUGGUUGGUUUGACACAAUACCAAGCUAAGAUGAACUUGGUUAUUACUUUUUUAGUUAGUAUGUGUUACCAAAAGUCAUAAUAGAAGAGAACCUUGACUAGCAGUGGGCAAUUUGGUUUGUGUUUCCUGGUGCGCCCCUCUACUUCAUUGCAGGGCAUUUCAGAAAAGGGGCAACGAUUUGAUUGCCAGUUUUUGUUGCCAUUUUGUUCGUAAGUUUUUUUCAUAACUAGUUGAAGGAAUAUAUGAAGCAUCAGUUUACAGUUCAAUAAGAAUUUAAACAUGUACAGUGACCUGUAGUUUUUUUCAAGUCAUUUAUAAUUAUGUGGCUUAGAAAAAGGUUCUUAAAGCAGUAUUGUUGAUCUUUAACAGCCUUUAGUUACCUGGGGCUUAAGAAUUGCCUUCAAUGCCCUUAGUUCUACCCAAAGAUAUAUAGUAUUCAAAGAAUUGGAUGAGCAGUUCAGUGUCAUUUGUGUGGGGUUGGUUAGCUCAGUUGGCUAGGUGGCUGGUUUGCAAAUGCAAAGGGAUGCCAAUUGUGUGGGUUCAAUUCCUGCACCAGCUGUUGCUCUCCUCAGCCUUGCUUCUUGCCUGAGUUGUGGCCACCCUCGGGUUCAACCACCACCAGUCAUCUCUCAAUGAUCAGAGAGCAGUCCUGUGGUCUGUUAAGACUAUGGUGAAUUUGCCUUGGUAUGGGCAUCCAGUAUUCUUUGAUUCUCCUCUAAGAUUCCAGUCAUAACAGAACUGUGGGUAUAUCCUGCAUCAGAAGGAUUGUAACAGUUCAAGAAAGCAACUCACCGCCACUUUGACAGCUUUUAUGGAUGGACAACCGAUGUUGGCUUUUCUAAUGACACCCAAAUCCUAUGAAAGAACAAAAAAACCCUUUGAAUUUGCUGAGAAGGCUAGAAAUUUUGAACAAGUUGAAUAAAUGUGCAAACAAUGAACAGAAUCAUGUGAACUUCUGAAUACAUUUAUAAACCUUUAGUUGCCCAAAGCCUAGUGAAGCACUACACAUUUGGGGUAUAAUGGUUUAUUGGGUUAUUGAUGCAAAGGGUCUUUGGCAUGCUUUUUGAAUGCAGUGUUUUUCUAGUGUAGUUGUAAUGUGAUGGAUUCCAGAGUCGCAGCUCUGUGGCUUGUCCUUCAUCAAACUUAUACCAAAACCCCGUCUGUGUUACUAAAUUAAAUGCUGUUACUGUAUUAAUUCUGAAGCAGGGUUUGGGCUUGCGUGAAUUUUUUACUGAUCCUCAUGUUCCCACUAACGGGAAGUAAGUGUCUUGAACUUGAUAGGAAUUUGCAAUGAUUUUAAAUAGUACUUUUUAUCCAGAGUGGAUUUCUAGUGACUGUGGGUAAUGAGUUAUGACAUUGUACAAAGAUUAUUAUCGGUGUUCUUCCUUAACUUUCACUGUCUAUAACCCCAGCAGAGAUUUUUAAUAAACAAUAUCAUUUGUAUUUGUUUGAAACCCCUUGAACAUAUAGGACAUUUGAAUAUAGUUGUAUUUUUUACAAAAUUAGAAUGGAAGGAGGGAAUGUUUGUUUUUUGAACAGGUAGGAAGAAAUAAACGAUAGCACAGUGAACCAGAUGGUGGCAGCCUGAGUACGUGUACCAAAGUCUUGAUUCAUGGGAGUGAAUGAAUCAUUGCAUUUCUUGCAGGCCAUGCCUCCUAGCCAACCACCAUUUUUAAUUCAGAGCCAAGAGACACAAUAGUUGUGUAGCCAUCAAACCACAGCAGCAGAGGCAUAUGAACAGGAGAUACCAUUGUCUUUUGACACCCUUAUUUGAAUGUUUUGUCAGUUUUAACUCUCCCUUUUGUUCCCAAAUUAUAGAAUUGUACUGUUGGUACACUAACAGCCAGGCUUCAGAUUGGCUGGUUAUGUGGCAUUCACAGUUCUUAAAUCCAGUAACAUCUGUUUUUCCAUCUCAGUGUCACCUUUUGAGAGAGGUGCGAGAGUGGAAAAGUGGGUAAUCUGCUGAGAGGAACUUGACUCCCCAUGUUUCUACGCCAUUGAUGAAAUCCUUUCCGUAUUUUUACAGCUUUAAAUGCUUUCAGUCACCCCUAAAGAUUUGACUGGGCAUGGGGAUUAGAAUGGGGAGUGUGGCAAAUCCGAAGAAAUGGCUAGUUGCUAGUUCGUUUUUGUUUACAGAUGUCGCUGCUUUUUUUUUUGUCGAUAAGGCUGUUCGAACCUUGAGCAAAAUGCUGCCAUGAGUUCCUUUGUGUUGACAGUUUGACUUUUUAAAAACCUUUAUAACCCAUGCCAUACAGUGUAUAUAAUUAAGUGCCAGGUUAUUUUUUUUUAAAUUGAGAUUUGUAGACAACUUAGCUGAAGUUUAAAAACCUGCCAAUUAACAAUUGAAAAUACUGCCAUAGUGCAUAUAUAUUUUUUUAUUACGAUUUAUUUAUUUAAUUUGGGGUCUUUUUGUUGACUGUGUACUCUGUGCAGCUAUCUAUAGUUUGGGGUGCUGCUUAAUAAAUGGCAAAUACCCCACACGUUGCUCACUCCAUGCGCUGGACUGAGUUCAAUAAGGACACUUGGUAUUGGAUGCUGCAAGCUUCUUGUAGAUUUAUCCCAUAUGAAUGAAGAGCCACUUAGAUCCAUGCAACUUCCACACCUCUGUAGUUUUUGUGGGUGGUAGGGGCAGUGCUCAUGCAGUGGCAGAUGUACUUAUUUCUGGGACAUCCAUGCCAUUUGAAGGAUUACCUUUUGGCAGGAAGUACUUCUGUAACAACUUAAAUUUCUUAUUCCUUCCCCAUGACGUGAUCUGUCAGAACUAGCUGCAUUAGCAUCAGGCGCGUUCUUCUGAGCAGCAUCCACGAGGCUGGAUCUUCAUUUUAAACACCAAAGUAAAACAAAAAUCUAUUUUUAACACUGCUGUUGUCCUUUUGCACCAUUUCAUAAGGUUCAUUCUGUACAUUUAGUGUCCUUGUAUAGCAGUUGCCUCAGAACUGGCAUACCACGAUUGGAGAAAUGAGUUUGAGCUCGGUUUCUUGGAUUGCAGAAUAGUCAAGGCUGGAAAUGUCUCCAUGAUUGUCAUUAGCAAUCCAUAGAAAUAUUUACAGAGGUUUGCAGGUAUUUUGUCCUCUGUAAAAAUUGUUUUUUUUUCAUUCUCCUGUUGGAGCACUUCGUUAUCCUAUCCUGUAACAGGGUUGGAACUGAUGAAAUGUGUGUCCUCAUGUAGAGUGGAAGGUUACAAGCUAAUCACUUGGAAUAAUUCAGGCUCAAACCCAUGAAGGCCAGGCAAAGAGGGGCUUUAGUAUUUUUUUAAAAAAUAAAAUUGUUUAGCAUUGUCCCCUUUGCAAUCCAAUACAGUAGGACACAGCGGUUUUACAAUGAAUGUAUCUUUUUCUAAUGACUCAACUUCUUACUCGAAAUUUUUUUAAGUGAGUAAUACACCAUAAAGUUUGUUCAAUGAGAUACACAAUCCCAUCUGGAAAAAAAAAAGCGGGUUAAUUUGAAGGGCUGGUUCUCAUCUUGUCUAUUUAGCAUCCAUUUCAAAGCAAUACGAUGUUUACGGUAAAUCUGUAGAGAUCAUGUAAAACCAUCAUGUCUUGAUAGUUUAAAAGUACAUAGUUAUGGGUCCUAGUUCAGAAAGUAAUAACAGUGAGGAGGAAUGCAGAAUCUACAAUUUCAAUUGUUUUUAAGAGAACAUAAUGCUUCAGUAAUACUUUCCCAAGAUUUUUUUAAAUAUUUAAACACUAUUCUUUUUAUUGUCUGAAGAAUAGACAGCUGACUAUAUAACUACUAGAUGGGGCGGGAGGGGGAAUAUACAUUUUAAAUUAUUUUUUAAAAAUUAGGGUACACAUUGUGUCUGUACAUCCCUGUUCUCUGUGACUAGGACGCUUGCCUUUUCUCUCCCAUAUCCCACCAGAACGGAAUUAUAUUUAUAUGUGUGUUUUCCGUUAAUGUGAAUAUAUUUUUAUGUCUCUUUUGAGAUGAAUACACGAAGUAGUAGAUGUAAAAUGUUCCAGGUCUGAGAAGCCUUUUGUGAGAAAUUUGUUUUAUUUUUAUUCAUGACAAGGUAAUUUGUAAACCUUUUUUAAUUAUUUUUUCAGUCUUUUUUGUGUUCCUGUAAAUUGUUAUUUUUUACAUUACUCUUGCAAAACAUUAUUAACAAUCUGAUUAGUGCAUCAGUGUUAAACCAUAUCAUGGUAAUGAAGGUAAUUUUAAUUCAGCGAAACUGAAAGCUAUGCUAAAGAAUGAAUGUAAAAAAAUUGUACAUAGUUGUAAAAAAUGUUUCUAAGCGUCAUUUUCUAUGCACUUUUUUUAUUUAAGUGAUAGUUUAAUUAAUAAACAUGUCCAGUUUAUCCUUGGA